AUGGCCGACGAUAGCAUGGACGUCUCCUAUUCCAACAAGCGCACUCCCCUCGGGGUCGAGCUGCCGAAUGAUAUCUGGCUCUCUAUCAUAGAGCGCCUUGUGUCAAUGUCUGAUCUCAAGGCUCUCUGUCUGACUUCAAAAUCACUGCGUGUCCUCGCAACGCCAUACUUGUAUGAUACAGUCCGCAUCCCAUUAUGGAACACGCCUAGAGUGGACGCCUUUUUUCAAAGCGUUGGAUGCGGCGCUGGUGUACAUUUGGGCAACACCAGAACCCUCAUCUUUGAAGAUGAAGAAACACCUGAAGAAGCCAUUUGCAAUUUGGCCGGUUCCUUCGCCUUCCCAAACGCCCCAUACUUUCCUGACAUCACGCAAGAGAAUACACCUGUCUCCACCGAAACCCUUGAGAAAGCUAUGGACUUCUUGAACGCAAUUCUAUGCUCUCCAAUUCUGGAAAGUCUGCAUUUGAGUUGGAUAUUUGAUCGCCCGUCCAUAGUUAUCAGUUUCCUACAUCCGAGUGCACCGAAUUUGGUAUCCUUCAGCAGUCACGCGUCCGUUAUUGGACGAACUACAGAGAUGAACAAGCAUGAAUUAGCAGAUUGGGAACUCUUUGAAUUUGAGAAGCUGCUCAAUCACUGCCCCAAGCUUCAGGCAUUCGGAUUUCAACUGCCAGAGCUACAUCUUCAGCCAUAUCAUCGAGGUGGUAGAGUCCAACAUAUAACAGUGGAUGAUAGAUUUAUGAGUGCUCUACGGCGAGCCCCUGAUUUACGCAUACUUCAUUUGCGACAAUCAAACUACAUACUGGAGGAUGAACCUCGUCCAUAUGAACAGUUCGAAGAUGAUAAGAAAGCCUGGGCUUUCCAAACACAAAAAUGGGCCAACGCCUUCUUUGCGUAUCUACAUGAGCGCGGGUGGUGUCCAAAACUCAAUUCUUUGGUCAUCCGUUGCUAUAUGCUGAACGAACACGAGGGAGAUGCUGUAAUAACCUAUAUUCCACAGUCCUGCUAUAUUAGAGGCUUCCAGACCGAUACUUUCGGCAGGAGUGGAGUCGUAGCUGUACCCGUCACGAGAGCUAUUCUCCGAGCCACGGAGCCGUGCGCGGGAAUUUUGGAUUACGAUCCAGAAACAAAUUGGGCUAUUGGAAAAUUCGCUCCAGAUGAUGAGAUGGAAUGGGGCUGAGCAUGUGGCAAAACUUCUCAUUGGGACAGGAUGCUUAUGCAAAUGUCUGGGAGCCAGAAUACGACUUGGAGCAGUUGUCAGCUACCUAGAUACUAUAGAUCGGUUAAGCAGCGAUUGCGAGGAAUGGACUUUACGGGGCGUUUAAAGAAAUUGCGGUCGGAUAUGAGAUGAGCAGUUUACCAUACACGCAAAUACAUCAGCUAUGUCCUAUCCA